CUUUCAUUUUAACCUAGUUUCUUCUCCAUAUCGCCUUCUUGUUCUUGAUGUCCAAAGAAGAGCAGAACAAACCCUAAACUCUUAUCAUAUCUCGGAUUCUAAAUAAAAUCUAGCAAAAUGGAUCCUCGAUAUUAUGGGAAUAUGCCCUUUGGAGGCGAGGAAAAUGAAGAAGCCGAGGAAAAUGAGAACUUAUUCCCAGUCUACUCGGCUAGAUCUCAACAUGACAUGCGUGUAAUGGUCUCAGCUUUGUCUCAAGUAAUUGGAAACCAAAACAGCAACUCUGACGAUAGUCCUUCUGUGUAUAAUCCACAAGAAUCUAGUCAACAAGUUGCUCCUACUCAUCAAGAUCAAGGGAAUGUGAGGAGGAGACACUAUAGAGGAGUAAGGCAAAGGCCAUGGGGGAAAUGGGCAGCUGAGAUUCGAGAUCCGAAAAAAGCAGCACGUGUGUGGCUAGGGACAUUUGAAACAGCUGAGUCCGCAGCCUUAGCUUAUGAUGAAGCAGCUCUUAAGUUCAAAGGAAGCAAAGCCAAACUCAAUUUCCCUGAAAGGGUUCAGCUAGGAACCAAUGUUAUUAACAAUCAGCUCUCUAACUCUACUUGUUACUCCUCAAAUCAAACCGAAACGCGAAAUGUUCCACACUAUAACCAGUAUUAUCAAGAUGGGAGUAAUAGUGAUAUGCUAAGUUUUAAUUUGGGAGGUGGUUAUGGUAGUGGUAAUGGUGUUUCAAUGUCUCAUGAUCAUAGUUUAUCAACUAUUACUACUGCUGCAACAACUUCUUCGUCUUCUGGUGGCUCUUCUAGGCAACAAGAAGAGCAAGAUUAUGCUAGAUUUUGGCGGUUUGGAGAUUCUUCUUCCUCUCCUCAUUCGGGUUAUUGAGAUGAUAAUAAGAGAUUUGUGUUACUUGCGAUGAAGAGAUGUGUUAUGAUUCUUGAAUGUUUUGGUAUUUUUAUUUUUGUUCGUUAAGGUUUCAUGAAAGUGUAAGAUUUUAUUUGAUUUUAAAUUAUAUAAUUAGUUUC